AUGCCAAAGAAACGACAAUACCAGCAUCUCAAGUCCUUCAAACCAAUCGCGCCCGUGUCCCCAGCGCUCAGCUCAUCGAGCAGCCGCGGGUCAGAUAGCAACGCGCCAGCCAAGGGCGUCAACGAGCUUCUCUCUGGCCUUCGUCGCUCAGCAGCAGGUUCUUCAUCCGCAUCAUCGCCACAUCUGCUGGCCAACGGCCCGAGCGUGCACCCUGAUCUUCGCUCGAUCCUCCAGAUCCCCGACACCCCGCCGCCAGCACCGAGGAGGCCAGUGCGGACUCGUUUCGAUGCCAGUGGGAGAAGACUGCCAGCUGGCCCCCCUCCACCGCGGAGCUGGGUUACUACCAGGGGUCAAGAUGUAGACUUGAGCCAUCGCAUGCGAGGACUCAAGUUGAAAGACGCACCCAGUGAUCACAAUGCACUGCCUGGUGCUUACCUGCCUGGUCGAGGGAGUUUGAUAGACCGCGUUCUGCGCGCCAUUGCAUCCGACUGGGAGUUUCAGCGGGCUUAUCAGCAGUAUCAUCUGUACUUCUUGCCAAACCACCUCAAACCAGCUUUGCUGCGGCACAUUGGUAUUUCGGGCGGCGGUGUGACGCUGGCUGAUCUAAAGCUCAUACUGCUGCCUCCCACAGACCUCUAUGAGCAAGGUGAACUGGAGGCAGAUUCCCAUACGACCAACGAGGUCAGCUAUCUCGACCUGUCGAGAUCACUAGGACGCUCCAUUCGUUUGAGAGACGUCACGAACUUUCUGGUCCCCCCCGCCCCACAAGUUCACGACACCCAUCUCGAAGAUUCCUGGGACGCUGCCGUGGACGCAACACCAAGCCCACCUCGCGCCUUACUACCCAAUCUCACGCAUCUCUCCCUGGCGCUAUCACCGGACGACGCGGAAGGCGGUUCAUGGCGGCAUCUCCUAGACUUUGCCUCCAAGACAUCGCACAUUACGCACCUCAGCCUCGCCUACUGGCCUGAUCCAUGCCUCGCCCCGCGCGCGCAAACGUCCAAGGUCACGACGCCCCAGGGCAACAAGAUCUACUACGGCGGCACCAACUUCUACUCCCACUCCCUGGACCAUGACUGGAGCGAGGCACUUCUCGUGCUGCGCAAGCUCAGCCGGUGCUUCUACGAGUUGGAAUACCUGGACCUGACGGGAUGCGGGUCGUGGUUCAAGGCGCUGAUGCUGGAGACGGAGCACGAUCACGUCGACUGGGCCGUUCAUUGGGGCAAGGUCACGGAUCUGAGGCUGUACGCUGGGUUUCCGAGACAAGAGGACAUGGCAGCGGCCGAGCAGGUGGCCUUUGCUGAGGUGAUGGAGACGGCUGCCCUGGUGGAGAGGCACAUUCGGCACAUGCGCGCUGGCAAGGGACGCUUCAUCAACGUCGAGAGGGACAGGCCGGCGACCUGA